AUGGCCGCAGCUCCGGGCGACCUGGAGCGUUUGAAGAACCUGGCAGUCGCCCUCUCGGGCGCCGGCGCCGCCUGCUGUGGCCUCACCCUGCGCAGCGCGCGCCUGCGCCCGCGGCGCCCUGGGGCGCCGCCGCUGCACCUGGCGUUCUUUGAGCACGCGGGCCCGUGCGCGCAGCGCGCGCUGGUGGUGGUGGCACUCCCGGAGCUGUGGGGAGACGGCAGCAGCAGCAGCAGCAGCAGCAGCAGCAGUAGCCGUGGCAAUGUCAGCGAAUCCGUGGCGCAUGCGGCGGCUUUGUGGCUGGUGGAAGGGGUGCAUUUCCUGCUGUCAGGCGGCGCCCUGCUUGCCGGACAGCAGCCCUCGCCUCUGGAGCCCCUCGAUGCCGUGCUGCGCGACUCGUUUGAGCGGAUCCUGGCAGCGUUUGAACGGAGCCCCGCAGCUGCGGCAGCGGCCAUGCUGCUGGGUCCGCCGCAGAUGCGGCUUGCCCCCCAUGUGUCGGCCCGUGUGGCGGCGUGCCUGGCGCCCCUUGCGCGGGUGGCACCCCCCUGGGUCUUCGGUGACGACGCCGGGGGGGCUGGCCCCGCAGCACCUGCUGCACCCAGCUGCUGCCUGUUCUCUGG